AUGGUUGUCAUGGUGUUAGAUAUCCCUGAGCUCAGCUCGGUUCCUGAUGAUGUCAGGUUGGUGGGCGGAGCCAGCCGCUGUGCUGGGAUCCUGGAGAGGAGAGAUGGAGAUGACUGGAGAGCAGUAAACGCCUCUCUGUCUGAGUGGAACCUGACGUCUGCAGAGACGCUGUGCAGACAGCUGGACUGUGGUUCUGUACUUUCACUGGGACCACCAGAGACCUCCUCAAGGACUGAACCACCGGCAUAUUCUAGAAACCUGCAGAUAACCUGCUCAGACCCUGAUGAAGUCCGGUUGGUGGGAGGAUCCAGCACCUGCUCUGGUAGACUAGAGAUCAAACACCAUGGAGAGUGGAGACCAGGGAAUCCUUAUUACUCUUCCUGGACUCUAAAGGAUUCAGCAGACUCUGUCAGACUGGUGGACGGGACUGGUCUGUGUUCAGGCAGACUGGAGGUGAGGUCUGACCAGCACUGGUCCCCAGUGUGUGAGGAGGACUUGGACCUGCAGGGUGCUCAGGUGGUCUGCAGGGAGCUGGACUGUGGGGCUCCUUCAGUCUUCAAGGGGGGAAUGUUUGGAGGAGUGGAGGCCCCAUUCUGGACUAAGAAGUUCCAGUGUGAAGGCCACGAGUCUGCUCUCCUGGACUGUCCAGACUCAGGGUUGACUGGAAACACCUGUCCAGCUGCUACAGCUGUUGGCCUCACCUGCUCAGGCCCUGAUGAAGUCCGGUUGGUGGGAGGAUCCAGCACCUGCUCUGGUAGACUAGAGAUCAAGCACCAUGGACAGUGGAGACCAGGGGAUCCUCGGUACUCUUCCUGGACUCUAAAGGAUUCAGCUGUGAUUUGUAGAAGACUGGACUGUGGCUCUGCUGUUUCAUCUAGAUGGAUAAAGGAAUCCUCUGACAGAUCUGUGUGGUGGAUCACCCCUGACUGUGUAGAGUCUAAAUCUACAUUAAAGGAAUGUGUGAGCACAGUGGGUCGGCCCAGCUCUGAUGUUCUAGAAAUGACCUGCUCAGACUCUGUCAGACUGGUGGACGGGACUGGUCUGUGUUCAGGCAGACUGGAGGUGAGGUCUGACCAGCGCUGGUCCCCAGUGUGUGAGGAGGACUUGGACCUGCAGGGUGCUCAGGUGGUCUGCAGGGAGCUGGACUGUGGGGCUCCUUCAGUCUUCAAGGGGGGAAUGUUUGGAGGAGUGGAGGCUCCAUUCUGGACUAAGAAGUUCCAGUGUGAAGGUAACGAGUCUGCUCUCCUGGACUGUGGAGGAUCUGGCUCAGGUAGAAACACCUGCUCACCUGGUAAAGCUGUUGGACUCUCCUGUGAAAAUCCAGAUCAUAUCAGGUUGGUGGGAGAGCCCAGCCGGUGUGCAGGAACACUGGAGAUGAAACACAAGGAAGAGUGGAGACCUUUGGAAGAGAAGGGUUCAGUCUGGAACCAG